UGACGCGGAGAGGUGUGAGACCGAGCGCCAGCGCUUCAUCUGGUUUUUACUCUUUACGGAUAUCUGAGCACGUUAACGGGACCGUUACCGGGACAUUUACUCCACAAGGUUCCAUCAUGAAAAUGAGGGAGUAGCAGGAGGACGAGCACCAACCUGAUCUGUCAGAGAUUCGACCCCGUCAGCUGUCGUUUACCGUUGGCGGCACGCUGUGAGGAAAGGCUCCCCUCAGCCCCGCCUCCUCAGACACUCGUCCUUGACAUCCAAAUGCUGCGUGUCGAUCGUCGAGCCGGCCGCCUUCUGUGAGUUAUGACGACGGCUGCUCCAUUGACUCAGGAAAGAGGCUCCUCCUCCGCCCAGCACUGAGAAACAUCACAUGAUGUAAUGAAGACGGGUCUGCUCUUCAAAGAGUCCGCCAGCAGGAUAUGAGUAUUUUGAGCCCUGUGACGGAUAACAAAUCAAACCUUGUGGGAAUUGUGGGAGGCCCAGAAGAAUUCUCCAGAGUCAUGCAGUCAGAGGAGCUGUUCAGCAGGAAACUCAAAGCUCUGAACGGCAGCAUGGGACCACCAGUCGCCAACAUGCAGGGGAAACCCGACGUCAGCGGGAAAACAAACGGGACUCCAGCCAUGCCUAAAAUGGGCGUCAGGGCCAGGGUGACAGAGUGGCCGCCGAGGAAAGACGGAUGGGACGGGCGUUCCCCGAACUAUCAAAGUGUGAUCCCUGUGUUCCAGAACGGGCAGCAGGAACACGUGGAAAUAUUAGAGCAGGAACCGGUGUGCGUGGAGGUGGACUACUCGGAUAAAUACACGCUGAGUGACCUGCUCAGCCACUCCCCGCUGAAGGGUCUCCAUCCCAUCCGCCAGCGCAGUAACAGCGACGUAACCAUCAGCGACAUCGACUCUGAGGACAUCAUGGACCAGAACGCCGUCAAUCCAAACACGGGGGCCUCGCUGCACCGGGAGUACGGCAGCACGUCCUCCAUCGACCGACAAGGCCUGAGCGGGGACGGCUUCUUCACGAUGCUGAGGGGCUACAGAGUGGACACCCUGGACCACCGCAGCAUACCCCCCUUAGGGUUCCCUGAGCUGUUACGCUGCGACACCUCGCUCUCCCCAAGCCUGCAAACAGCAGCCCAGAUCGCUCGGGGGGAGAUUGUCCACAUUCCAGGAUACGACUACAUAGACAGCUCCCUCCUGUACAGCCGCGAGCGGGAGAAGUCCUUCAUGAGGCGACUUAAAUCAGAAUCAUCAGAGACGUCUUUGUUCAGAAAACUUCGGACCAUAAAGAGCGAGAGCGACGCCCUGCGGCUGUCAAUAGAGGAGGACCGACGGCCACUCAGCUUCCAGAAAUGUUUCGCUCACUACGACGUCCAGAGCGUCCUCUUCAAUAUCAGCGAGGCCGUCGCCAGCAGAGCCAACCUGAGCCAGAGGAAGAACACCACGACUGGGGCGUCAGCGGCCUCGGCAGGACCCGGAGCUGUUGGAAUACCAGGAGGCGGAGUCGGGCCUGGACCUGGAGUGGUGACGGAGAUCGGAGCAGCUGGAUGUAGCAGCGGAAAUGCCCCCAUGUUUGAGUCUCCUCUGGGCAGCAGGGAGGACCUGAACCCCAAAGAGAACCUGGACGCUGAUGAAGGCGACGGGAAGAGCAGCUCUUUGGUGCUGAGCUGUCCGCACUUUCGGAAUGAGAUCGGCGGCGAGGGCGAGAGGAGGAUCUCGCUCUCCAGAGCCAACAGUUCAAACUACAGCGGCCUAUCAGAGAGCUGCUCUUUUGAAUCAUCUUUGAGUUCUCACUGCACCAACGCUGGGGUGUCUGUGCUGGAAGUACCCAGAGAAAACCAGCCGAUCCACCGGGAGAAGGUCAAGCGCUACAUCAUCGAGCACAUCGACCUUGGAGCGUACUACUACCACAAGUACUUCUAUGGAAAAGAGCAUCAGAACUAUUUUGGGGUUGAUGAAAAUCUGGGACCGGUGGCGGUCAGCAUCCGCAGGGAGCGUCUGGACGACGGGAAGGAGAAAGAUGGGAUGCAGUACAACUAUCGAGUCACCUUCAGGACCAGCCAGCUCACCACACUGCGUGGAGCAAUCCUGGAGGACGCCAUUCCAUCCACAGCCAGACACGGGACGGCCCGCGGCCUGCCGCUGAAAGAAGUCCUGGAGUACGUGAUCCCGGAGCUGAACAUCCAGAGUCUGAGACUCGCCAUCAACUCCCCCAAAGUCCCAGAGCAGCUGCUGAAGCUGGAUGAGCAAGGGCUGAGCUUCCAGCACAAGGUGGGAGUGCUUUACUGCAAGGCGGGGCAGAGCACCGAGGAGGAGAUGUACAACAACGAGAGCGCCGGGCCAGCUCUUGAGGAGUUCCUGGAUCUGCUCGGCCAGAGGGUGCGGCUCAAAGGCUUCACCAAGUACAGAGCUCAGCUGGAUAACAAGACGGACUCGACGGGCACUCACUCGCUCUACACCACCUAUAAGGACUACGAGCUGAUGUUUCACGUGUCCACCAUGCUCCCCUACACGCCCAACAACAGACAGCAGUUACUAAGGAAGAGGCACAUUGGGAACGACAUCGUCACCAUCGUGUUCCAGGAGCCCGGGGCCCUUCCUUUCACUCCCAAACACAUCCGCUCUCAUUUCCAACAUGUGUUUGUCAUCGUCAAAGUCCACAACCCGUGCACUGAUAACGUCUGCUACAGUGUUGCCGUGUCCAGAUCUAAAGACGUGCCUCCGUUUGGCCCUCCCAUUCCCAAAUCGGUAACUUUCCCCAAGUCGGCCGUAUUCAGGGACUUCCUCCUCGCCAAAGUCAUCAACGGAGAGAACGCGGCACACAAGUCCGAGAAGUUCCGGGCGAUGGCGACCCGAACGCGGCAGGAAUACCUGAAGGACCUGGCGGAGAACUUUGUGAGCACAACCACGAUAGACAAUGCCGUCAAGUUCUCCUUCAUCACGCUGGGAGCCAAGAAGAAGGAGAAGGUGAAGCCGAGGAAGGAUGCACAUCUGUUCAGCGUGGGAGCCAUCACCUGGAGCGUUCAGGCUCGGGACUUCGGCCAGUCGGCGGACGUGGACUGCUUGCUGGGCAUUUCUAAUGAGUUUAUUGUGCUGAUUGAGGAGGAAUCUAAAAACGUGGUGUUUAACUGCUCCUGCCGGGACGUCAUCGGGUGGACCUCUGGGAUUAUGAGCAUUAAGAUCUUCUACGAGCGCGGGGAGUGUAUCAUGCUGUCAGCGCACGACAACUGUGGAGAGGACAUCAGGGAGAUGGUGCAGAGACUGGAGAUCACCACCAGAGGCUGUGAGACGUCAGAGAUGACUUUGCGUCGGAACGCCCUGGGACAGCUCGGUUUCCACGUGAACUUUGAGGGCAUCGUUGCCGACGUGGAGCCGUUCGGCUUCGCCUGGAAGGCCGGGCUGAGGCAGGGCAGCCGUCUAGUGGAGAUCUGUAAGGUGGCGGUCGCUACUCUGACACACGAACAAAUGAUCGACCUGCUGCGAACGUCCGUCAGCGUCUCAGUGGUGAUAAUCCAGCCGCAUGAGGACGGCACCCCAAGAAGGGGCUGCUCGGAGCUCUACCGCAUCCCCAUGGUGGAGUACAAGGUUGACAGCGAGGGAACACCCUGCGAGUACAAGACGCCCUUCAGAAGGAACACCACUUGGCAUCGAGUGCCCACGGCUGCUGGAGCUCCUCUCUCCCGAGGCUCCCCCACGCAGGGACCCGACCGCCUGCAGUGCCAGCAGAUCCUCCAGCAGCACCAGGCGGCGAUCCCACGGAGCACCUCGUUUGACAGGAAGCUACCAGACGGGUCCAGGACGAUCCACGACAUGGAGAAUCCUCAGGUCACCUCCUGUAACAAAGGUGACCAGCACUACCGCAGCUCUCCCAGUAACCAGUCCUCCUCCAGCGAUCCGGGACCCUGCGGCAGCGGCACCUGGUCCCAACAGCCGGGAUACGACGGGUGUCCCUCUCCCAUCCUCCAUGAGCGGGCCGACAUCCAGGGGGGGGACGGGGAGAUGCACAGGGAGAGAGAGCCCACCUUAGAGAGGACCCGCUCUGCAGAGGCCAAAUGGCACAUCCCCUCCACCAAGAUCCUGAACCCUCUGAAGCAGCGAGAAGGAGGAAAAGACUCGCCCAACAAGCUGUCCAGGACGGGCGAUAAAAAUUCGAGCCACUCCAGUAGCAACACCCUCUCUAGCAACGCCUCCAGUAACAGCGACGAUAAGCACUUUGGCUCCGGGGACCUGAUGGACCCGGAGAUUCUGGGCCUCACGUACAUCAAAGGGGCCUCCACAGACAGCGGCAUCGACACUAAUCCCUGCAUGGCCCCAGGGGCCCGGGUGCUGCUGCAGGGACGGGUGGGGGAGCAGGGGCACCCCUGGGAGCACCACGAGGACGGGGUGUCAGAGGAGGAUCAUGGGAAGCUGUACCUGCCGCAAGGCUACGCCUCCGCCAUCCUGUCGAGUCACGUGACGGACGGAAGCAUCGGGGACCUGAGUGAGAUCUCGUCACAUUCAAGCGGCUCACACCACUCUGGCAGUCCUCUGGCCCGCGGUGCCAGGUACUGCAUGUCCGCCGACUCCUCCAAGGUGUACACCAUCCCCCAGACCAGCAGCUCAGGGCACGAUCCAGAUCCAGAGGCAGAGCCGGGCCAGAGUCCCGGGCCGAGCUCAGAGGCCUGUGGACAAGCUCGCCCACAGCACGGGGGCAAACUCCCCGUGGGCACGAAGACGGCUGAUGAUGAAGAAGAAGAAGAAGCACACAGCACUGAGGGGCCGCCGAGCAUUUCUGAGUGUGGGCAGCUGUACGCACAGGAGGCCUGCAGGAUCCAGGCUGCAGAGCGGGAUGGAAAAUCACUGCAGAGGCUUUCAAAAGAAGAGUACGUGAAAAUGAUGCUGCCGGGGAGUCCUCCGGGAGACGAGAGGAGUCGGAAGGUGUCAGCCGUGGACAGCCUGUCUCCGAGACGCUCUCUGUACCGCACGCUGUCAGACGAGAGCGUGUGCAGCAACCGGAAAGGAUCGUCCUACGCCAGCUCACACAGCUCCAUGCUGGACCAGGCCAUGCCCAACGACAUCCUCUUCAGCACCACGCCCCCUUACCACAGCACGCUGCCUCCACGGAUGGUCCACAACCAGGGAGCCUCCAACCUGCGGAGUGAGUUUUGGUUCUCUGACGGCUCCCUGGCGGACAGGUCCAAGUUCAGCGACCCGGGCCUCAUGCCCCUCCCAGACACUGCCACGGGCCUGGACUGGUCUCACCUGGUUGACGCAGCACGAGCCUUUGAAGACCAGCGCGUGGCGUCUUUCUGCACCAUGACGGACAUGCAGAGGGCCGAGGCUCUGCACAUCUCCAGAGAGCUGACCAGACGGGUGGUGGAGGCGGAGGGAGCAGCGCUGGGAGCAGACUCGCCGUCCACGCUGACCGGCAAAGUGAACCAGCUGGAGGUGAUCCUCAGGCAGCUGCAGCAGGACCUCAGAAAGGAGAAGGAGGACAAGGCCAUGCUGCAGGAGGAGGUGCAGCACCUGAGACAGGACAACAUGCGUCUGCAGGAGGAGAGCCAGACGGCGGCAGCUCAGCUCAGGAAGUUCACAGAAUGGUUCUUUCACACAAUCGACAAGAAACCCUGAGAGAGUGAUGGUGAGGAGAGGGAAACUUGCAGGAUAACGGAGGAGCAAGAGAGAGAGAUGGAGACAACCCUCACUCCUCCUGGGCACCCACUCAAAUUCUACUUAAGACUCCUGGAUGAUCCAAACUUUAAAGCAAACCUUUACUGGCCCCCAGACUCUGUAAAACGCCCAGCUCAGGAGACUGUAGAGCAGCCCUGUGCAGAAAAACUGACUCCUUAUUUGGACCUCUGGUUUUGGGAUCCUCUCCUUUCUGAACUGCAGGGCUGUUUCUGACAUUAACGGUUUCUCCAAACCGGCUAACGAGACUCUUGGGAAACCUCCUCAUCUCCAGUCCUGGAGAGGAAUCAAGCAAGGCGACCCCUGGGGGCCCCACUGGAGUCCCUGGGAUCUUCUUACAGUAGUGGAAUGUAAAGCUCAUUUACUGUAGUCAACAUUUAAUCUACCUACGUAUGUCCCGUCAGUCUACUGUACUGUAUACUCAGCUGUACUGUAUCAUACUGCGCACACUGUCACACAGCUGUUUCUGUGCAGAGAGGGGGGAGGAGGGGGAGGAAUGUACUGGACUAAAUGAAGUGGUACUUACUGUCUGCUUGCACCAAGAGGAAUCCACAUGUGGCGGUCUUGAAACGUACAGCAGGAGGUGAAAAUGAAUGUAGCUUAACUGAGACCCUUUUCUUUCUGGAGUUCUGCAGCAUGUUGCACCAGCUAGGCACAAGUUCUGCACCAAACCCCGGGUCAAAACCAGUAAUGUUCCAACUAAAGUAGACAUGUAAGGUUCACCUUAACCCAGGGGUUCUCAACCUUUUCAGCCCGGGACCCCCAAAAUAAAGGUGCCAGAGACUGGGGACCCCCACUGUACCUGAAGGUGGUUGAACACACUGAUGCACGUUCAAGAACGGUCAUUUGGAGGGAGCGUAGAUUGUCGAGUGGUCUAAGGCGCUACCUACGUACGCGGGUGGUGUGGGUUCAAAUCUGGCAUUUGGCCUUUUACCACAUGUCUCUCCUCACUCUCUUCCCUGUUUGCGAGUCUAUCCACUGUCCUUACUUUAUCAAAUAAAGGCAUGAA